UGUCUGAAACGAAGAGGAUUUCAGGAGAGACCAUUCCUCCUUCUCACUACAUGCUUCCAAUUAGCUCGAAGCAACAAUACCAGCAUGCARAAAGAAGAAUGCCAGGUCCCUUAGGUCCAGCUGCCAUCCUUGCCGGACCAGGAGCGAUAGCGGCAGCCAAACAUCUCGCUGUUCGUGCUGCAACCUCUCCAGGGGUAACGUCUACAACGCUCACGGCCAUCGUGUUUUAUUGGAGCUUUCAGAAGCUACCCGACUGGGUGAAGAAAGACAUUUGUUUCCAGAACUUGCUAAAGAAUCGCGAAAAUAUUKCAACGGAGGAACUCGAGGGGCUGUACUCCGUUGUAGACAAGCUUCAAAAUGUAGCCAGCAAUAUUCAAGAAUUGGACACAAACAUUCCCCAGCUACACGCCGCACUUCUAGCUUACAUUCAAUUGUCGGGUCAGAUCAAGAUCCAGCAAGUCAGGGACUAUUGUUCCGUACCAGACGAUGAUAAUACGUGCACUUCACAGGUGACAACAGCAAUUACGCGAGAUAAUCUAUACGAGACCGCCGGAAGGCCAGUAGAUUUGUUUACCUUGCGUUCUCUUGAGAUCCGARGUGCUCUKCAAUUCGCAACGUUUGCUUAUUACGAGGAGUUGGAGGUAAGUUUGUUUCGAUAUGUAACCCAUUGAAGUAUYGUGCCGYUGGUUCGGUGUCUUUAUUUGUCUUUCGCCUCUUCUUCGUAUACAGCACCAAGAGCAACACAAUCUUACAAAUAUACCGGUAUCUAAUUUUUCGUUAUGAAAGACUCUUUCGGAAAAGCUGCAUAAAAAGGAUUACACCGUGCUCCACCACAAGCUAGUUGAUAUUCGACCAGGAAGAGUUGCACAUUACAUCGCGGUGUCACCAGCRGAAAGAMACGUUGUGAUUGGAUUGCGAGGAACGUCGACGCUCGGCGAUCUAUUGACGGAUUGCUGCGGCCACGCAGUGCCGCUUGUAGAUGACGACGACCCUAAUGCAGACAAAUUGCGCGUAGAAAUACAAGCGGAAGUUCCGAACAUCGUUCUGGCUAGAUCUGAUGAASAGACAAUGGAGGUUAUCAGCGGGCACGAACGAAUAGUACUAGAAAAUGACGAUGAUGACGGUGACAACUAUACUCGAUGUCACGAAGGAAUUUUGAUCUCGGCACGCAAUGUGCUCGAUGAAAUCGAGUCGUAUUUGAAGCCUCUGAUUGAAUGCAAUUAUAAGGUUAUCCUCUGUGGCCAUUCUCUUGGGGGCGGAACUGCUGUCAUCGUUGCUACGUUACUGCGAUCAAAGUAUCCAGRCCUUUGCCUGGAUCCCGAAAACAAAAUCCAUGCGUAUGCCUUUGGAUCACCGCCAGUGUUAGAUCACGACUCCGCUAUUGCUGCYGUAAGCUACUGCACUUCUAUCAUCAACAAUGCCGAUUUAAUAUCUAGGCUUAACAUCACMAAUCUUGCGGUAUCACUGGCCUGUUUGCGCAAGAUUCAAAGCAAACUAGUAGAAAACGACUUAAGUCCAACUGGUCCUCUUACCAGUGUGGCAUUCUUCAACAAGAUUGCCGAAGGCCCGAGCGGAACGCCGUUGAUGACACUAUUGGAGUUGAAUGAAACUAUAGACGAGGCACACAAUAAUAUUGCGCUCCGCAAGCCAGAGCACCUCUUUGUUGCAGGCAGGGUUUUACUUGCUUUCAAUCCUUGGCUUGAUGGUCCCGAAGGUUGUCCAGAUGAUUCUACGACGCCAAACAUAGCUACCAACCUGCAAUGUGUCGAGACUACCGGAACCAGUCCGGUAUUCCAACGCCUUGAAAUAGAUGGUCUUCGAUGUUUCACCAAUCAUCUAACAUCGUCUUACUAUGAGAUUCUUGGGAUGAAGUACGAGUUCUAGUGCCCUGAUCUAAACAUAAUCGCACAAURUGUAUGUAUACAGUGAUGGUUUACAACAUCGGUUUUGAUUAAUUUCUUCUGAUGAAGGAUGAUCUAUUGCGAUAUUGGAACACAUCUUGUCAAGAGAGACGAAGAUCUGAGAAGCUGGAUCCUGCUGAAAGCGUAGAUGUUACSAUGAAGAAGAUCAAUACCACCCACUCAAGCAUCUCUCUCCAAGCCCGAAAACAUUGUCUUAUAGGAUUCUCCACGUCGCUCUUUCCCUGUUACAAAUUCGGAUGGUUCCACCUUCUUCUUCAGAAUAUUACUAACUCCCACRCUUCCAAGCCCCUUGCCGGUGUCGGCAUCGUAACACUCAAAGGUUGUGGAUCCCGUCAACUCCGGAUAAAAAGUGGCUUCUACGCACAACUUUGCUACAUCAUAUCGAGAAAUUCUUCCUGACUUCAAAUCUCCCUGGUUGAGCUCGAUCUCGGAUACACCACGAAUUGGAUCUUCCGUGAGUCCUCCCGGUCGGAUUAUUGUAUAUGUCAAGCCUUGUAUAUCCUUGUACAUGGCACGGACGGUGUCCUCUCCUUUUAUUUUUUCUUCCAUGAUUCCUCCGAAAAUGUUUAAAAAUUUGUAGAYCGGGGAGUCAGGUUUGCUGACACCUCCACUGGAGACGAUGACAAGGUGUGGAACCUUAUUUGCAAUACAAGCCUCAGCAACGUUCCUUAACCCAACGUUGUCGACUACAUAGYGGGUGAAAAUUAUACAUUCCAAUAUAUCUGAGACUAGGGAAAACUGACACAAAACACCGUAGUGGAAAGUUCAAUUGAUUACUUGAUUCGAUCAGGCGUUCUUACCUUCGGAAGGUGUACCACCUUGUUUGGAAGCAGAGGCUGCAAAGAUGACUGCACGGGUUCCUUUKACAGCGGCAUCAAUCGUCGCUGGAACAGUCACGUCACAGAUAGUGGGGAGCAAAAGGGGUUUCUUGGUUUCAGAUCCCUCGGCCUCAUAAUAAAUUCCAUUCCUUGACGUUGCCUUGACAGCGAUUCCUCUGUUCAAAAUGUCUUGAACACAUUUUGUUCCCGUUUUUCCAUUCGAUCCAAUAACACAAAAUGGGAGUUGGGUGUUUGAAUCAUCCGCAKCAACAGCCCACGACACUCGAGGGAACGAUGAUUCAAUGAGGCCGGCAGUACCAAUAAUGGCCGUGUUGACAAAAUCACGUCUUGUGUUUUUGCUGUUGCCCGUCGUCAGGGAGAGUGCGGUUUGAGGGCCUACCGAAAGCCAUAGUAAUAUGCCUGGAAUUGACACGAGUCCUUUCAUCGUCCCUUAUCUGACCUUUUGAGAAACACUGGAUGCUGAUUAUGUUGUCAUCCGAUGGAUCGGUUAAUCGUUGAUACCCGAAUCUGUAUCCGAUCAUUUCAACAUCCACUGCCAACAGGAGUACGAUACUGUGCCUGGUACGUACUCGUACGCACACGUACCGCACAUACCUCGAAUUUGGUGCACACCCUACGUUAAUAUUACCUGUAC